GGAUAGCAGGGAACAUAUUCAGCCAAGAAAGGACGAGGAGUUGCGGGCCUUGACGUUGGCCGGAUGGUUAAAUCCAACCUACAGACGAUCCUGAAUAGCCACUGUUUUGUCAGAGAAAAAGAGAGAAAUAUAUCUAAGAUGCCAGUAGUCGAAAUGAGCUGUAAUAAACCCGAGAUCGAAAGUCCCUGCCGUUGCCCCCGGUGUUGCAGUAACCCGUGUCCAGGGCCUCUGUGGUGUUCCGAUGCCCCUCUCCCACCCCUGAAGAUCCCAGGUGGGCGAGGGAACGAUCAGAGGGAUCACAAUCUUUCAGCUAAGCUAUUCUUUUCUGAUGCUCAAUUGCUGGUUCUUGAGGAGCCUCCCCCCUUGAACAGCCGUGUCCGUUUUUUGCUCUUUGAGCGGCGCUGCUCUGAAGCAAAGCCACUAGUGUGGAGGGGGGCGCUGACUGGGGACAAGCUUUACAUCGAGAUCCCCCCUGGAGCUCUUCCUGAAGGCAGCAAAGACAGUUUUGCUCUCUUGCUAGAAUUUGCAGAAGAGAAGCUUCAGGUUGAUCAUGUGUUCAUUUGCUUUCAAAAGAACCGUGACGAUAGAGCAUCGCUACUGCGAACGUUCAGUUUCCUGGGCUUUGAGAUUGUGAGACCGGGUCAUUCCCUCGUCCCGGCCCGCCCUGACGCUUUCUUCAUGGCUUACAGCAUUGAAAGAGACUCGGACGACGAUGACUAAUGCUUAUUAAUCCCAUUCUUAAGUGAUUUUGUGCUCAUUCGCUCAAAUUUGUCAUCAUUAAAAGAAUACAAAAUCUUAACGUACUGCAUUGACGUUACAUGUGAAUUACUCUUCAGUGGUUCUCCCAGUUUGUGCUGUAUUUCAGUGGUAUUUGCACUAAUGUAAGCCAGACUUUUUCCACUGUAAUCAUUAGGCCGUAAAUCAUUCUGGUGGGUUGAUCUAAAGUAAUUGUUUAUAGCUGGUUCUUCUCUUCCAUUUCCAUAUAUUGCUCUUUAGAGUGUAAUAUUUAUGGCUAAAGUUUCCAUGCCUUGAAAGUUAUGUAAGUAGUUUUGUUUCCAGUGCUAUUUCUUGAGUUGUCCUGUUUGUUGGGUUUCUGUGUGCAUGAAUCUUUGAGGAUUUUGUUGAUCCACAUUUGGUUGGCCUGAUCUGCAUGUUGUGCAGAAUAAAUGAGCUCACCCUG